GCUCUUUUAAUAAACCAGAGAAUCUUAGGAAUGGCACUGAUGAAAAUGCUUGAAAAUAAUUCUUUAGGUCUGCACAUAGUUGCCUAUAGCUCCUUUUGAGGUCUGCUAUUCCAAAUUUGAGUUUCAACACUCACUCAUGCUUUGGCAAGGACUUGGGUGCAGAUGGGAACUCUGUCUCCUGAUGAGCCAGUGAUCUGUGAUGACUUGGAGCAAACUGAUGUUUGGACCUGAACCUCAAAACAAGACAGAAAAGCUUGUUGUAUUAAGCCCUCUUUGCUGCUGUUAUGCUUCAUCGUAUGAAAUGAGGUCAGUUUGUUCAUCUGACACAAAGAUUAAACAUUAAUCCUGGAGCUCUGGGAGGAGUCUGUGCUUGCCUGGGCACUGAAGUGUUUUCAUCUGCUCCACUGUCUGAGCCCUGAGACAUGAUGGGAGAUAUGGACAAGAGGACACUAACUGAAGGUAUUUUGGACAAAGACUUCACAGGAAAAUUCACAUUUAACCCAAAGGAGGGAAUAGAUAAUCCGAUCAUGGUCAUCACAGAUGACACAGACUCAGGGCCUCCGCGCCCACGCCUGUGUGUUCUCAAACGAGAGCAGGGUGAGUCUUAUGGCUUCAACCUCCGAGCAGAGAAGGGGCGACCCGGCCACAUCAUCAGAAGCAUUGCGUCCGGAGGGAUCGCUGAGCGCAGUGGGCUCAUGGAUGGAGACAGACUUCUGGAGGUUAACGGCUGCUUUGUGGAUGAUAUUUCGCACCAGGAAGUUUCAAGGAGGAUAAAUGUAAGUGGAAAUCAAAUUUCUGUAUUAGUGUUGAGUGGAGAUCAAUAUGAACAGGCCAAGUCUGAAGCUCAUGACCUCAGAAAUGUCGCUGUGGUUACCAAAUGUGAAAGCGUUAAACCUCCAAGACUCUGUCACAUCAAAAAAAACUCCACAUCUGGUCUGGGAAUUGGCUUUACUGCUGUCGAAGGGCAGAAGGGCCAUUUCACUGUGAACCUGGUACCUGGAGGAGCAGCAGAAAAGGCUGGUGUGUACAAAGGAGAUCGACUGGUCUGGAUGAAUGGGGGAAAUGUAGAAGAUCUAACACACUCUGCCUUAACCAAGAUGCUGAAAAAAAGUGGCAGUCAGGUCACUAUUCUGGUGGUUGAUGCUGAGAGUGAGAAAUACUACAACUCGCAGCGGUUACCCAUCCUCCCAGCUAUGGCUACACCACAUAAUCUUCCAUUUAAAGCCAGGAAAUUCCACCUGGUGCAAGAUAAAAAUGGCUAUGGCUUUAUACUGCGCCUUGAAAAGUCCCCAUCGGGCCGUACUGCUCAUGUUUUACGUGAGAUGGACCACGGUGGGCCAGCUGAGAAGGCAGGGGUGCGAGAUGGAGAACUGCUCUUAGAAGUGAAUGAAGAAUCAGUGAUGUCUCUGAAACAUGAGGAGAUCGUAGACAGAGUCAGGCAGAGUGGACAAGAAGUCACUAUUACCACGAUUACACCCAAAGGACUGGACUUUUACACCAUGCUGGGUCUAUCGCCUUUGCUUUUCUGUGAAGAGGUUAAAGAACAAGAUAGCAGUGUGCCAGCCACUUUGAUAAAUGAAGAAGAAGAAAACACUUGCAAGCCCAGAUUCUGCACUGUCCAAAAAGGAUCUCUGGGUUUUGGCUUUAACGUCAGCUCUGUUCCACAUAUGUCUGGAAAUUUCAUCAGCCAGGUUGUAGACGGUGGUCCAGGGCAUAAAGCAGGACUACGUGAAGGGGAUUUGAUGUUGGAGGUUAAUGGACACAAUGUGGAAAAGAAAAGUUUGGACGAUGUAAUUAUUCUAAUGAAAGAAGGCACAUCUUUAUCAUUGCGAGUUGUACAGAAACUUGACCACCAACAGCCAGCACCUGAGCCUUGUUCCAGUCAGGAGGAAGGCAAUACAGAUGAGAUAACAUAUUUGUGAAUGAAAGUUUACAAAGGUUACCAAGGGUGCAAUUGAGAAUAUGCUUUGCUGAUAUGUUGUUUUAGUGAAAAAGUAGCUGUAUUUUUAUGAAAUAUAAAUCACCUAAUUAAGUUUGCACUCUUGAAUUAAAACUGUUCAAACACAAUGUUUAUUAUCUGUAUAUAAUAAUAGGCAGUUAUUCAUAAUAGACUUAUAAUAUUUUUCACUUGGUUAAAUAAAGGUUAAUAAAUACAUAUAUUAUUAUUAGCUGGUAUUAUAAUAUAUAAUAUGUGUAAGUGUUUUCAUUUUAGUUAUG